AUGGAGUGCAAUAGGGAUGAGGCAGCUAGAGCGAAGGAGAUUGCUGAGAAGAAAUUUAUCGAGAAGGAUCUUGUUGGGGCAAGAAAAUUUGCACUCAAGGCCCAGAACUUGUAUCCUGAGCUUGAGGGCAUUUCUCAAAUGGUAGCAACUCUUGAUGUCUACAUUUCUUCGGAGAACAAAGUAAAUGGAGAAGAAGAUUGGUAUGGGAUACUUGGCAUUAACCCACUAGCUGAUGAUGACAUGGUUCGUAAACAGUACCGGAAAUUGGCCUUGGUCCUUCACCCUGACAAAAAUAAGUCAGUUGGAGCUGAUGGUGCGUUUAAACUUAUAUCUAUGGCAUGGAGUUUAUUGUCUGACAAAACAAAGAGGACAACUUACGACCAGAAUAGAAUGACCAACAUUUUUCGGAAGGUCUCAAAUUCGGCUAAGGCUCCAUCUACGAUGCCUUCCUCCAGUGGAUUCAACACUUCCACCAAAGCAACUGCAAAGGCUAAUAAGAGUGUUCCAAAAGCAGGUUAUUCUUCUCCAGUUUCAUCUAAGAAGUCAAAACAAUCUAGGACUUUUUGGACUGUUUGCCAUCAGUGCAGGAUGCAGUAUGAGUAUCUUAGAGUUUAUCUGAAUCAUAAUCUACUCUGUCCCAAUUGUCACGAGCCAUUUAUAGCUACCGAAACGGCUCCACCAUCAUCAACUAGUUUUAAAUCAACUGCAGAGUGGAACUUUUCCCAGCAAUCACAUCAACAAGCUUCCGACAAAAACACUACGAAAGCUAGUAAUGCCAGUAGUUCAUUUUCAAAUGGAGGGAUCAACUACCAGUGGACUCCAUUCUCCUCCAAAACAGGUACUACAUCUAAUGCCGCUCAAGCUGCAAGUGUUGUUCAGCAGGCUUAUGAAAAGGUGAGGAGGGAGCGAGAAGCGGCGCAGGCUGCCACAAGAAAAGAAGAGAGUCUUAAGAGGAAACAUGUUGGCAAAAGAAUGGGUGGUGGGCAUGCUGGGAAAAGAAGGAGAAACACAGAAGAUGGUAGUUUCAACAAUGACAAAGGUUCUGUUACUAAUCAAAUGGUUUCAACUUCUAGAAGAAGUGGGUCAACUGGUGUUGUUGGUAUCACAAGGUGUUCUAACCUGAGGGAUGCCACUGAGGUUGAGAUUGAGCCACUUCUGGUGGAUAAGGCCAGGAAUGCCAUCAGUAAGAAACUCUAUGAUUUGAAUUCAGCUACCAUGAGUGAAUUGUUCAUGGAAACGGGAAAUGACAGUCGAAAAAAUGAUACUGGAUCUGAAAAUUCUGUGGUAAAUGGUGAUGCAAAUGAACCUUGCGCCCCCUGCGAUCCACCCAAUCCAGAAGUGGGGUUUGAGAUUGCUACUUCUGAUUCAAAAAUAAACAGGGAAAUGUUGGAUUCAAUGUUUAUCGAUGUCCCAGAUGCAGACUUCUACAAUUUUGACAAUAAUAGAACUGAAACAUGUUUUGGCAAGAACCAAGUAUGGGCGGCCUAUGAUUACAAUGAAGGGUUCCCUCGAUAUUAUGCCAUGAUCCAUGCUGUGAUUUCCUUGGAUCCACUAAAGUUGCGGAUUAGUUGGCUGAAAUCAAGAACCACAAGUGAAUUUGGUCCUAUGAAUUGGGUUAGGUGGACAAGAGGCAUUCAUGGGUCGAUACAUAUAUAUCCCAGGAAGGGCGAUGUUUGGGCUCUGUACAGAAACUGGUCCCCAGGUUGGAAUGAGCUGACGGAAAAUGAGGUCAUACAGAAGUAUGAUGUGGUGGAGGUUCUUGAGGACUUUGAUAAAGACCUAGGGAUUGUUGUAGUUCCCCUGGGCGCGAAGGGUUCUGCCGUCGCCAAAAGAGCAGUGGGACGCGGACGAGGACGAGGAGCUGCCACCGCCGACGAUGAUCCUUCUCGUUCUUCGUCUUCGUCUUCCUCCUCCUCCACUUCUUCCGCCAAGAAGCAUUCUGCCAGACCUGCAUAUUCGAAGUUCUCGCAACAAGAGCUUUCUGCUUGCAAACCCAUUUUAACUCCAGGAUUGGUUAUUGCAACUUUCACUUUUGUUGGGUUCAUCUUCAUUCCUAUUGGACUUGCCUCACUCUCUGCUUCUGAAAAUGUGAUAGAGAUUGUGGACCGCUAUGAUGCAGAUUGCAUUCCAAACAGCUUUAGUGCCAAUGCUGUCAAUUACAUUCAAAAUACUCGAACCAACAAAACCUGCAGCAGGACAUUAAUGAUACCAAAACCAAUGAAGCAGCCCAUUUAUGUAUAUUAUCAGCUCGACAAUUUUUACCAAAACCACCGCAGGUACGUGAGGAGUCGAAGUAACAUACAAUUACUGAGCAAAGCACACGAAGAUGCCGUGUCGCCAUGCAAACCAGAAGAUAGUGUGGAUGGGAAGCCGAUUGUUCCAUGUGGCCUCAUUGCGUGGAGUCUGUUCAACGACACUUACAGCUUCACCAUCUCCACCAAGAAAAAGGUGUUGAGCGUCAACAAGAAGGACAUUGCAUGGGCAAGUGACAGAGAACACAAAUUUGGUUCUGAUGUCUACCCUAAGAACUUCCAGAAUAGUGGGUUGAUUGGAGGUGCAAAGCUCAAUUCCAGCAUCCCUCUGAGCGAGCAAGAAAACCUGUUAGUGUGGAUGCGAACAGCAGCACUGCCAACGUUUAGGAAAUUGUAUGGAAGAAUAGAGGAGGAUUUGGAGGCGAACGAUCAGAUAGAAGUUGCUAUAGAGAACAACUAUAACUCAUAUGGUUAUGGAGGGAAGAAGAUGUUGAUCCUCUCCACGUCCACUUGGAUUGGUGGCAGAAACGAUUUUCUUGGGGCUGCAUACCUCGCCGUCGGUGGAAUCUGCUUCCUCUUGGCCAUCUCCUUCAUCCUCAUUUAUUUGCUCAAGUCAAGGCCAUUAGGUGAUCCAUCUUAUUUGUCUUGGAACAAAACUUAA